AUGCAAACUUCACGAGAUACUUUUAGUAACAGACGAACGCCUCGACGUAAACUUGUUUUUUCUUCGAGUGAUGACGAAACAGAUAAUAGUCCACAAUCUAUAUCUUCAGUUCAUAUCCUAAGGCAGGAACAACAUCAAGAUGAACAUUUGCCCGUACGAAUUGGCACCACAGAUCAUCUUAUAACAAAACAAACACGUUCAAAAUUAGAACACUAUGGCUUCAAUCAACUUUUACGACCAACAUCUUUACGUAGUAGUAGUAAACGACAAACAUUAGUUAAAGAACAAAAAAGUAAAAAGAUUCGUCUUGAUGAAUUAACCCCCAAUCAAAAUAAAACAUCUUGUCAUUCAAUGCAAACACGAUCGCAAUCUUCAUCGGAUUCUCAUUCCGAUCAACUUAUUCGAUUAUUUGAUAAAUCUCUUUCAACAGUGACACCAAACCGAGAUAAUGACGAAAAUGAUGAACAUAUUCGUAAUCGAAAUCGACAAAUACCCUUACAACCAUUACCUCUUUGCUUAUCUGAUAAUGAAAAAAAUAUGCCAGUUUUAACGGUUAUUUCUACUGAAGAAAAUUUAAAUAUUCAUAAACGUCUUCAUGAUGACGAUGAAAACAGUGAAAAUUGUCGAUCUAUAAAGCGUUCGAAACUAAUCGAUGAAAGUAAUAAAGAAAAUGAUUUAAUUAUUAAUCGUCCAUCAAUUGUUAAACGUUCUCGACAUGGCAUUGGCUUAAUUCGUAGUUUAACUGAACCCAACGAAGAACAAAUAAAAGCAUCCGUUGAACUUGGCUGUAAUCGAGAUUUAAUUGGUGAUCGUUCUUGCACAUAUCUCUUGCCACGAUGUACAAGUCGUAAACAUCCUGAUCUUGCUUGUAUAAAUCCUGAAACAAUGAUUGAUAUUUUGAAUAAUGUCUAUGCAUCUGAGAUUGAGAAUUUACAUAUAAUCGAUUGUCGUUAUCCAUACGAAUAUGAAGGUGGUCAUAUUCAAUCAGCUAAAAAUCUUUAUACACGUAGAAAAAUUUAUAAUGAAUUUUUUCGUAAACCAAUUGAACUAACAGAUCCAAAUAAAAGAAAUAUAUUUAUUUUUCACUGUGAAUUUUCAUCCGAACGCGCACCGUCACUUUUAAGAUAUUUUCGAUCUGAAGAUCGAAAUAUACAUGAACAAACUUAUCCAGAAUUACAUUAUCCAGAAAUUUAUUUACUCGAUGGUGGUUAUAAAGCGUUUUAUGAAUACUCGAAACAGUUUUGUAUUCCGAAUCAAUAUCGAACAAUGAUUGAUGUUGAUUAUCAAGAAGAAUAUCGACAAUAUCGUCAUGAAACCAAACAAUGUGACAGAUUUACAGGUACAAAUGAGAGACCUAGUAAUGGACGACGAACACGUGUAUCUACAUUUCGUUCUUGUCUAUCAUUUUCUUCUCAACCUGUUCAAAAUCGUUCAAUGAAUAUUCGUUAUGAUCUUCGAUAUACUGGUUCUCCAUCACAAUCUUGA